AGGUGAAGUCGUAUUGUCGUUUUCAGCAUCAUCAAUUAAAGAAAUCGUAAAUCGAAAACAAUGGCUCGUGUCUUCGCAAUCGUGUCCAGUAGUGCUGGGUCGCUAUCGCAAUCGUUUCUCGGCAGAAUCUUCGAAGGAGCGUGAACCAACUGUCGUCUCAGGUACUUGAUUCCAAAAUUUUUUUCUUGGACCACUUAGACUUUCCGCUCCGCUGCAUGUAGCUUAUGUAGUUUCGUUUUCGUGUGAGCCAAAAAAUGUACCUGUAAAAUAAAAUGCAAUAGAGCCACCUUGUAUCAAGCCUUUGAACUUGAUUCCAAAACAAGAUGGAUCCCCCCAAAAACGAUUUUGUCUCUACAGAAACCACGCGCAUUGCCGACGAGGUGUUUGCUUCCGUCGACGCAGAGCUCGAGGCGAUUACGGCGCAAUUGCGAAAGUGGGGCACAACUUCCAAGAAAUCUGUUUCAAAAUCGCCCGCGGUUGGGACGCCGACGAGUACUGCGGGUACGAGUAGGCAGCAAUUACGACGGGAUAUCAGUGCAACGAAGGUAGAAUUGGAACAAAGAGAACAAGCUGCGGCGGAGGUGAAAAGUACAGAAAACGCUGGGACGAAAGGAAGUCCAGAGCUACAACCAGGAGGAACAGCUGGAUCCUCGUCCCCACCGUUUCUGUUUUACAGCGAUCCGACGCAGGUGCUGCUGAAUACAAAAGGAGCUCCGGUGCUAGACGACGGGCUAUUUGCUUCGCAGGCGGAGUGGUAUGGCAAUAUGAAUGUUUUUUUUUCUCAUGCGGAAACAACUGAGAUGUCAUUGUGAGAAUCAGAGACAUUCACUUGCAAUGCAAAAUUUGAAUUCCUAAAACUUUUAUAUGGCCUUCAAUGCAAAAAGAAAAACAACUAUGCAGGAAAACAAAGCAAGACUUGCGUCUCCAUCCCAAAACCAAAAACCGUAUCCAAUUUCCCCCACGGGACGGGAGAACGCCGGCUCUGAUUGAGCACGAGAUCGAAAAGGACCUGAAGACCUGGCCCAAGGACUGGGUGAAGGAAGUGCCGAAGAAACGGAAAUUCGUUUUGAAAAGAUCUUCCUCCGAGCAACUGUUGCUGUCAGCUGCAUCCGGCACUGCUUCUCGGAUUGAAGCAUCAACGCAACACCAGAGUCGUGGUCUCGAAUCUGCCACGGCGAAAAGGCAGUAUAGAAAGACCAGUACUGGAAAAUCAAGAACGCAAAAAUCCGCAACAGGGUUAACGCGUUUCCACGAGGUCGUGCAAGACUGGGCGAAAACGCUACGCAGCCCGGUGCAACCCAGUACGGUGAAAGGAGUCACGCGGAGCAGGAGUGUGGGCGCAUUAGGUAGUCGGGGGAAAACACCGGUGAGCUGUGUGGACGACGACGGGGACCUGCAGGAGAGAAGUGUGCAGGUGCAGGUAAAGAAUGAAGCGGCAAUAAAGCCUGAAACCACUUCCGCAGUGAGGGAACAAAAAGAAGACCACAACUCUUCCAGUGAAGACGAGAAUGAUGCUGCGGAUCAUGAAAAUAAACGGGAAGUAAAAAAUAACCCACGUAGUUUGCUCUACUACACCGAGGAGAAUACCACUACGAACGGAAACGACGGGGCCGACGACCAAGAAACUGCCCAACCACCACAAGACCAGCUCGCACAGCAACUCCAAAACCUCCAAACCUCCCGACCCUCCCUCAGCCCCCUAUUCCGUCAAGACAGCGUCGCGGAGCUCGUUUUUCAAGACCAGGAGUCCACCAAACCGGACAAGAAGCUCUUCAAAGACGACCCCACGCACAACCCGCACCACACCGCGACGGAGCGCGGCGAUCCGAAACUGCACUUCGCGACCACGUCGGAAAUCGCGUACCGACAAGUCAGGUCCAGUCAGGAGUUCCAGGAUCUGUUCCUAGAUUUGACCCAAUCCUGGCCGGAAAAGUCGCCGCAGUCGAGGACGAGGGAAGCGCGAACGGAGCGGAUUUUGAAACGACAGAGCGAGAAACGACCGCUGAAGGCGUGUUUGUACGAUUCUGGGGAGACCAGCUACACGGGAAAGUACCCGUAUCGUGGCGGAGAGGGGUCGGAUUGGCAAGUGCGGGAGUACAACGAGGCGUUGCUGGCGCAGAAGCGGCCGAGGGAGUUAAAGUUAAACAACCCUGCGGUCGGCGUUGUGGACGACGAGUGUCGGGCCAGUCGGUUUCAGGGAAAAUUGUACGGGGUGAGGAGAAACAGUGGGGUGACGAGCAGGUAUAGGUUUAUGUGCACCAUGACAGAUCUGAUGCUACCUAGAAUGCGGUUUUGAGCAUGACAGAGUCGCUCCCAAAAUUUAUCUACAUAAUGGCGAUUCUUAUCAGGAGCCGUUCCCGGUCCCGGUCUCGCUCCAACAGUCCCGCGAAACAGAAGUCGCAGAAACGGGUCGGCAGUUGGGAACGAGCCAGGCAGCAGGGGGGACAGCGAGAACGACUAGCAUCCCCGUUGAAGAGCGUGCACUUUUACCCAGAAGACGCAGGAUCGAGUUUGUACGAGGAAAGCGUAACGGAUUCGCAGGUCUUCUUCGACGGUGGGAUCAUACGACCUGCGGACGCAGCGGAAGUGGACAGACCCUCGACCAAAAAAAUGCCGAAUCGCGCAGGAGGCACCACGUACAGGCCUGGCAGUUCCGCCAGUGGUGGCCCUGCAGCGGAUCAUCGCGACCAGCAGUUCAUUCCCAGGAGCAGUCAACACCAGAACAAAGCAAGUAGUUCGAGCUCCAGUAGUACCGCAGCUGCCGCUCCGUUCCAAGUCCCGCCCGGCAAAGUUCUCGUGGAUCAGUCGGUCUUGAAAACGAUCAAGCAGGAAGUUGCGGGCCUGCAAAAGUCUUAUCAAAUGUAAAAAUGUCUGGGUCUGGAAGAAUGCAAGAGUUGUGAUGCAGGUUUUCCAUGACCGAUGAGGUCUGGAAUGCGAGACCCAGCAUGACAGAUUCCUUGAGGUCUCUAUCAUGCCUGUCCUGCAUGAGAAACUCCCUCUCAACUUGGUCAAAAGCGGACAGCUUUUGGUACUCACGCAACACAGAUUUUUGCAUCAUUCAGAUUUAGCAUGACAAGUUCUAAUCUUCCAGACCCAGACAUUUUUACAUUUGAUAAGUCUCUCUCUGACACGAAAGCGCAGAUUCCGCAGCUGCAGAAACUGCUGCAGGACGAGCAAGCGAAAGUUGCUUCCCUGCAGCGACGGAAGCAGACGUCGACUGAUUUGCAACGGUUGGAGAAGGUUUUGGCGGAUCGGGAACAGAAGAUCCGAGAAUUGGAGAUCGCAUCGUUACCGGUGCCGAUGGGCCCGGAACUGCAGGAGCUCUGCUCUGAACUGACGAAAGCGAGGGAACAGAACCAGGGGCUGAGGGAACAGGAGGCGGAUUGGCAGAACCGGGUGCGGGAAUUGAGCGGGGUGAUAGACGAGCAGAGGGAGAGGUUGUCGAAAUACGACGACUUGCAGAGGAAGUGGACCCAGGCGGCGAGGCUGGAUGAACAGAAAAUGCGGGAAUUGUACGGGAGGAUAGAAGAGUACUUUUUAUGGUUUUUGCUUGUGUAGUCUUUUUAGAAGCUGCAUGAUGUUGCUCAUGUUGAUGGCAAUCAAACGCGGUGAAUUAUCACAGUGCCGCAUCAGAAACAAAUCCCUGUCACAGGCUCGAGGCGAUAGUCGCUGGCGAUGUGCCCCGUCCGCAAGAUUUUUCCACCACCGCUAAUCCGGGAUUCGAGCCACUUUCCAGCCGUGUGGGACAGCAUCCAUAA